UGUACAGGAACGCUGGUCAGAGCUGUAAGUCUGUGCGGCUGGGUAAUGCCAACACUGAGCUGACAAAAUUCUCGGAUUGCACCAGCGAAAAGAGUCAGCCGCAGCAGAAUUACUCCGACCUCCUGGGGCACUACAGCAAACUGUGCACACUCUACACAUCUUUGAACUCACAGUGUCCGGGGUUAGAGGAAGCAGACAGCACUUGCUAUGGAGAUGGACAGCUAUGAAUCAGAUCAGGUUUAUGAAAACGUGGACAUCAAGAAGCCGCCAAGCAGGAGAGCAGGAAAGCAACAUGGGGCACUAGCUCUGGAGAUGAACGACUAUGCAUCAGAUUCUAUCUAUGCAAACACAGACAGCAAGCAGCCCCCAUGCAUAAGACCAGGAGAGCAACAGUGGAAAUUGGCAGCACCUGUGGAUUCUUCUGAUAGACAAGCAGCUUCCUGUGGAUGGGCUGUGUGGCUGCUUAUAGCUCUGAGCUGCCUGCUGCUGGCAGCCGGUGUAGCCCUGGGGGUGCUCUAUUUCAAGCUCAGUGAAAGUCAUUCAGGGCUGCUGGGUGAGAGUAGCAGGCUCAGUGAAAGUCAUUCAGGGCUGCUGGGUGGCUAUAGCAGGCUCAAUGACACGCUCUCUGAACUGCAGAGAAACUACAGCAGGCUCUCUGAAUCUCAUUCACAACUGCAGAGAAACUACGGCAGGGUCCAAGAUGAAAAUUCAGACAUGAAAAAGAAGAAUGCUGCUGUUUGUGUCAAAUCCUCAACCUUGGAUUUACAAUGUCCUCUCAAAGAAUCCUCUUCAAAGGAGCGGGUUUGUAAAGCCUGUCCAGUGAACUGGGUGGAGUCCAAUGGAAAGUGCUACUACUUCUCACCUGAAAAAAUGGACUGGAACUCCAGCCGGGCUAGCUGUGUGUCAAUGGGAGCAGACCUGGUGAUUAUAGAGAACGAGGCAGAGCAGAAAUUCUUAUAUGAGAAUGCUAAAAAGAAUUACUACUUGAUUGGCCUGACAGACGCUGUUACUGAAGGAGUCUGGCUCUGGGUGGACGGCACUCCUCUCAAUGACAAGGCAAAAUUCUGGUACGGUAAUGAGCCUGAUGACUGGAAGGAAGUGGACUCAUCCGGAGAGGAUUGUGCACAUCUGAAGCUCUUGGAAGAUCCCCUUAAGGACUGGUUUGAUGGAACGUGCAGACUGGGACAAUAUAAUAGGAUUUGUGAAACCAUGGCAGUGAUAAUCAAUAUAUAAAACCAAUGUGGGUCUGUUUCACUUUCUCUCUCUAUUUAGAAAGCAAACAAGCGAAAAAAUGAACCACAAGUUUCUUACAUUUAAAGUUUAUUGAACAAUAAGUAUUUUUAGGAAAUAUAUAUAUAUAUAUAUAUAUAUAUAUAUAUAUAUAUAUAUAUAUAUAUUAAAAAAUAAAACCAGAGCUUUCAUAAAGAAUCUGUAAAUUCAAAUGCCAUUUUGAUAGAUUUUUUUUACAUUUAUCCACUAAGACACCUUGCUUGUGUAACGGGGUGACCACGUCACUUCAUUUAAGUUUGAUUUUGUUUUUGCAAUAUAUUCAUGUUUUGAUUUAUUCACAUUUGAUUUAAUGUUCAUUUGUUUUAUUUUAACACAUUUAUAAAGCAUGUUUAUUUUGGCACGUUACUUUGUUGUAGAUUUGCACAGAUCUCACUGGCACGUUGAUGUUCCCAGCCCCCAAAGGUGCUAAUUGAAUAAUUUGAAGAAGCUGAGCGCCUGGUAUAAAAGAUUCUGAUUUCAUUCCUUCGAGAGAUUGUUUUUGGUCCAGUGUGACGUGAACCCGGGUUUGCUGCAGUGUAGGUUGGAUGCACAGCCAGUAAGAGAAGAGAAGGAAGUAGACUCGUUUGUGUUCGGCGGUGGGUUGGGGAGAAAAUUUAAAGAACCAGCCGCCGACAUUCAGAGCGAGGCUCCUGCUGUGCUUCCUGUCUCCCGCCGUGUGUGUGUGUGUGUUUAAUGGUUUUAGAAAUUAGUAUUUUAAAGGCAUUGGGGUUUUAGAGGAGUGCGGGAGACAGGGAUACAUUAUUGUUUUUAGUAAGCCCCUACUCUGUGAUUGUAUUGAGCAGCACUGCACUUUGUUUUUAAUUAUAAUUGACCAUGUAUUGUUUUAAAUGAACAGUGCAAACCCCAUGCCGUGACUGUGUAUUCUAGACCUGUCCUAUUUGUUAAAUAUAGUUAACCACCUGUAUUUAAUAAGAUGUUCAUUGCCUUGCA